CCUUUGUUCUUUAUUUACACGCUACUGUUUGUGGAAGUUGUAGCGCUGAGCUGUAUCCGUGUGGCAGUUUGAGAUUCGGUUUCUUUGUUACUCGUUACUUUAUUUGGUGUCCUGUUCACGGAGUAUGUUUUUGAAGUGUCCGUUUUCUGAGCUGUUUUCUAUGGAAGAACGAGGCAACGAGAUUAUAGUUGAAAGUCAUUUCAACCAGAGGGACGCUUUUAGAGAAGCUUGACUUUAUCUGGCUUCAUUGCCCGGGGCCUCUUGAGUGAAGAUCUGGGUGGAGUUCACCUAUCUUGUUUUCACAUCGUUGGUCUUCAAGAUCCUUUUCCACCUACAAAUUCCAACAAAUAAAUUUUUUUUAAAAAAUUACAAAAAUGGUUGGCUUUGGACCUGCAGAUGUGCCCCCGACGGCCGCUGUGAAGUUUAUCGGCGCUGGAACCGCAGCGUGCAUUGCUGACCUGGUCACCUUUCCUCUGGACACGGCUAAAGUUAGGCUCCAGAUCCAAGGGGAGACUGUUGGUACAGCGAAAGCGGGUUCUGCCCAGGCGAUGAAGUACCGUGGUGUGUUUGGCACCAUCGCCACCAUGGUGCGUACAGAGGGGCCACGUAGUCUCUACAACGGGCUGGUGGCUGGACUGCAGCGCCAGAUGAGCUUCGCUUCUGUUCGCAUCGGCCUGUAUGACUCGGUUAAGCAGUUUUACACCAAAGGAUCUGAUCAUGUGGGGAUUGGCAGUCGCCUGCUGGCAGGCUGCACCACUGGUGCAAUGGCAGUUGCUCUGGCUCAGCCCACAGAUGUUGUGAAGGUGCGUUUUCAGGCUCAGGUUAGCGCUGGUGCCGCUAACAAACGCUACCAUGGCACUAUGGAUGCUUACCGAACCAUUGCCAAGGAGGAGGGGUUUCGUGGACUGUGGAAGGGAACUGGACCAAACAUUACCCGCAACGCUAUUGUGAAUUGUACUGAACUGGUGACUUAUGACCUCAUCAAAGAUGCUCUGCUGCGAAAUACACCGAUGACUGACAACCUUCCAUGCCACUUCACAUCUGCAUUUGGUGCUGGUUUCUGCACCACCGUGAUUGCUUCCCCAGUCGAUGUUGUGAAAACAAGAUAUAUGAACUCUGCCCCUGGCCAGUACAGCAGUGCCCUGAACUGUGCUCUGGCCAUGCUGACCAAGGAGGGGCCUAUGGCCUUCUAUAAGGGAUUUAUGCCUUCAUUCCUGAGGCUGGGCUCCUGGAAUGUAGUGAUGUUUGUCACCUAUGAACAGCUGAAACGUGCUAUGAUGGUGGCUCGCCAUAAUUGGUCUAUUCCUCAUUAGGUCACUGGGGGUUCUGUGCUGAUAAUAUACCCUUUUAAGUUUAACUAUCUACCACUUCCCCCCCCCCC